AAGUUCGCCCUCUGCCGAGCGAUUCAUUCACAGCUCUGAAGCGUCCUUGGUGGUACAAUCAACACUGGACGUCCUGACCGCAGCAGACUAGCAGGAGUCGUCAAAAUGGUGAAGAUUUCCUUCCAGCAAGUGACUGUGCAGAAGCCAGAAAAGGAGAACGAUGGAGACAAAGAGGAAAUCCAAAUGCCGUACUCUCACAAGGAUGAGUUGGUGCUCCCGGUGAGAUCUAAGAAGUCUCCCUUCAGUGGCCUUUGGUGUGUGGUGCUCGGCCUGGUGAUCUUCCUGUCAGGCUUGAUCAUGGCCUCAGUGUGCCUGUACAGAUAUUACUUCAACCCUCAGAUCCCAGAGGACAGUUUCUUCCACUGUCGGAUGAUGUAUGAAGACCCCGUGUUCGCCCCUUUACUCGGGCGACAAGAGUUAGAGGAGAAAGUGGGCAUCUACCUGGACGAUAACUAUGAGCAGAUCAGCGUUCCCGUGCCAGAUUUCGGAAGCGGCGACCCGGCAGACAUCAUUCACGACUUUCACAGGGGACUCACAGCUUACUACGACAUUGCGUUGGAUAAGUGCUACGUGAUCGAGCUCAACACCACAAUUGUCAUGCCGCCCAGAAACCUGUGGGAACUGCUUGUCAAUGUCAAGCGGGGAACGUAUUUGCCCCAGACCUACAUGAUCCAGGAGGAGAUGGUGGUAACGGGACGCGUCAGGAACUUGCGUCAGCUCGGACCCUUCAUCCACCGGCUCUGCUACGCAAAAGAGACCUACAGACUGAGACGCCGCAGCGGACAAAGACGCAUCGAUAAGAGGGAGACGAAAAACUGCCACACCAUCAGGCACUUUGAGAACACAUUUGCUGUGGAGACGAAGAUCUGUGAACGACUCCUGCUGUAGUUUCCCUCUCUUAUCUCCUCCAAUCUACUGAGCAAAACCCAAACCAUCUGUCCAGCUUAACAGCACUUUAUCAGCUUGAUAAACCUGUAAAUAAUGUUAGAUAAAGCCAUGUCUGAUCUCUGUUUGUCUUUUUUAAAACUCUAAGUUACUUUUUUUUUUUUUUCAUUCUAUAUUUUUUUGUCUUUGUUAGUUUUUGAUUUGCACAUUGUCUGUAGUGUAACGUUUUAUUUCACUCUCAGGUUAUGCGUGUUGUUUUUCUUCUUGUGGGGAAAGAAAUUGAGAUUAGCUUCAGACAUUUUUAGUCUGGCAAUCGCUGAAGAAUGAUUUGCAUUAUUUCUGUUUGUUUUUGUGUCAAGCCUCAGUUUGUGCAGACUGACGGCUGGUUAAGUGGUUUCUUUAUCUGUUUGUUUCCUCUUGUGUUAGCAAAGAAAUCCAGUAUUAGAAAAUCAUCUUCAAUGCCAAAAGAUGUAUACCUCAUAUUUUAGAAAUGACUUCAAGUCAUAGCGUAGGUUUGACCGUGAUAUAAGCAAUAUACGUUUUCUUAUCUUGGAUUUCCUAUCUUGAAUUUCAUCGGUUUGUCAUGUUUGUCAACUGAUGCUCUGAGCAUUGCUCUUUAAUACUUGUGAAUAAAGUUUAUAGAAAAAUUUUAAAAACUGAAAUGGUUCCUUAUCUUUAAAUGCAGUGUGUGUGUGUGCGCAUACUGAUCAGAAUGGCUGAUUUGAAUUGUCUUUUGGCACAGAUGUGCGCAAAUGUAUUCCUUUUUGUUUUUCUAUGUACAUGCCCACGGCAGAUCCACUAGAAUCACUUCAUAUUGCUUGCACUUUUUUUCUAAUCGUACCAUUUAUGUGUGUUUGUUCCUCUUGCACAUAAUGGUGUAGCAAAUAACUGGUUUUGUCUGAAAUAAAUGAGGCGUUUGAUUUGAUGCACUCUAUUCUGCUGCUCUCUCUAAUCGCUUGUAAGAAAAAUCUAUCAAUAAACUGCUGAAACCCUA